AUGACUUCUGGCUCUGACGACAGCGGAUCUUCUUCAGAGUCAGAUAGUGAUUCUGAUUCGAGCGCGGAGUCAACGAGUUCCAAUUCUAGUAGUGGCACCAGUUCUUCAGAGUCAUCCUCAGUGAGCGAAUUAUCAGAACGUCAACACAAGCAUGUAUCUUCGAGUGAUCUGAAGGAACGUGAGAAGGAUUACUCAAGGCGAAGAGAGGGGAGUUUGGAAAGCGAUCGAGCGAAGAAGUCAUCAGGUUCAAAAAAAAAACCCAAAUGCGAAGAUUCUGUUGAGAAUGAAAUCCGUGAGUCGAAGGCAUCAAAGGAUAGUCAAAUGAGCUCAGAUUUAAAGGGCGAACGGGAUAAGAAACGUCGUAAUGAAGCUGCUCAAGAACUGACGGUAAAGCAAGAAGUUGUUUCAGGAAAGGAAUCAGCGGUUUUGUACACUGAAAAAGCUCAAAAACCGAAGGAUUUUGUUAAGGAUGGUGCUGGAGUUGCUGAGAAGAAAGAGUCUAACUCAGUGCCUGACGAGUCGAAGACGCUAAGGAACAGUGAGGAGAGGUAUGUCAGAGCAAGUUCUUCCGAGAAUCCAAAGCGCAGUAGACUACGAAGCAGCAGCUCUGACGGAGACAGUCGAGCUAAAUCGCCGAAAAACUCUUCAAACGAGGAGUCGCGUCAUAGGAGACGCCGUAAACGCGAUGAUUCAAUAGAAAGUGGUAAACGGCAUAAAAAUCAUGGGGAUUCUGAGAGGGGGCAUGAACGGAAACGUCGGUAUAGUCAUGACUCUGAUGGGUAUAGUCGUCGUAAGAGGUAUCGGAAGAGUGAUAGUGACGAUAGCAGGGGUCGUGGCCGUCAUGGAGAUACAUCAGAUGAGCGGGGAGUGCGUAGUGGCGAUUCGGAUAGUGAGUCAGGAACUCGACAUCGACAUAGUCGUAGUAGUUAUAAAAGGAACGACGGACGUCGGCGAAGCCGUUCAGGGGAGAAUCGCUGGGACCUCAAGCAUACUGAUAGCGAGUCCAACGAGGGUAGAAGGAGAAAUAGUUACCAUAGGGACAGUUCUGAUAGCAGGACUCGCUUGAGGCGCCAUGGUGGUGUAAGUAGUGCUUCUCCUGGGCGGAGUCGUGGAGAGGACCGGAACAGAGUUAAAAGUUUUAAAAGUCUAGAUGAGAAGUCUAGCAGACGAUCUAGUUCUAAAGAGGUUCCGAGUCUAAAGCGGAAAGGCCACAAAAAAGGACGUGACCAGAAAAGCCCACAUAAAUCCGAUUACGACGAUGACAGUAAACGUGAAAAAGUGUCGAGGUCGAAAGAGGAUAAGAAGACAGAUAAAAACAAAAGGGGGAAGUCCAGUAGCGACUCGUCUUCUGAAAGCAGUUCUUCUAGCAGUACUGAAAGCAGUUCCAGUAGUAGCAGUACCAGUCGUAAGAGGAAUGACAGUCGUCAUAAACGUCGCAAAAACUGA